UGGUCCUUGGAUCUGGAUUAGGUUAAGAUUUGGCUCUGCUACAUAAGGACUAAGGAUUGGGUUCAGAACUGAGAGAAAAUCUUGUGACACAUUCUCAUGAUAUUAGAGAGACAAGCUGAGUUAGGUAAUACCUUUUAUUGGACCGACUUCUGGUGGUGAGAGUCAGCCCAGAACAGCAGUUACCUCACAAAACUGGCAAUUGAUCUCAUGAGAUGUGUCUCAGCUUUAAUUGUGGAGAUCCUACAUGAGAUUGCCAUCACCUAGCCUGAAAUCUCACAAGAACAACAAUUUUCACAAGAUUUUGGUCAUAUUUGAAAUAGAAGAAGGAAAGAAAAGAAGGAAAUUGAACCAACACCAAGAACAAAACCAUAGAGGUGUGAGUGGGUCUGGGAAAUAGAAUCUUAAAAUUGAAGGGGUUUGGAUGUGAGCUUCCAGUUGUGACUCAUCAAUAAUUUCUUCCAAUCUCUGUACUUUUGUGUCUGAUGUGAGAGCGGAAAGCAAAGAAAGGUAACUGGAAAGGGCAGCUAGCCGUGGAGUGGAAGAAGCUACCUGACUUCACUCGGCGUGACCUUGCUCACCAAAGCAGUGCUGGACCUGAUUCGCUGCAUAACUCAACAGAGUCACACUGCUGCAAAACUGGAGUAACACCGUGGGGAAUCAACACAGUCCCACUGUCUAUGGAACUGGGAUACUGGAGACUGAGACACUGACUUCAAGGAGAGCAGGUCUGGGCCCUGAAUGUCUGUUUAUUCUUAGCCAAGUGGAGGAUUGGCAUUUUCAAACAUUUUUUUUCAGUCCUAAUCAUCAAAAACAAUUGUCAGUAAGAAAGAAAAUGAUGUCUUAACUGCACCACUGGGAGAAGUUAUUUCAGCUGAAUAAUGUCUUCUAAACAUUGAUUCAACCCCUUUAGAGGCCAAAAAAAUGAAGUGGUUGGCCCACAAUGGCAGAGCUGGAAUCGGAAGUCAGGAGUUCCUGCCUCCCAGCCAAGGAUUCUUUCCAUAACAAGUGCCUAGAUUUUAAAAAGUAACCAUUGUGAUUUAUGAUCAUCUACUCUGACCUCCUGUAUACCACAGACUAGAGAACCUCACCCAGCAAAUGUAUAACAACAUAUAAAGGCAAUCAAGUCACAUUAAGCUCAGGAAGGCUUUCUUGAAGAUGAAUCAGCAAUGUCCAGUCUGCAAAGCAGAGAUUAUGGUGACAAAUAUUCUGAGUCCAGUGAAGACUUCUUAGAAGAAAAGCAGAGAAGUCUGAAUUUUGAAGAACUGAAAGACUGGGGAUCAAAAAACAUCAUUAAAAUGAGCACUCCCACGGUCAACAAGAUGCCAAAUUCACUUGCUAAUUUACCACUGAGGUUUGGAAGAAAUGUUCAAGAAAACAGAAGCAUUAAGCCAGUGGCUAAUUUGCCUCUGAGAUUUGGGAGAGCUUUUGAAGGCAGUAUUUCUAGAUGUGCUCCUAACUUAUUACACAGGUUCGGCAGAUCUCCGUUUGUUAAAAGUUCCAUUCAGUCACUUGCCAACUUGCCACAAAGAUUUGGGAAAUCACUACCUGCCCACCUAUCACAAGACAUUCAAGAAUCUGAGCAAGGCAAUAACAGAAAUCUGUAUUCAAACAACUAUAUUGAAAAGGAAUCAAAUGAUGAAGACUCAAACCAGAAGAGCUGGGAUCUACAUUUAAAUCAAAAGAUGAUGUAAAGGAAACAGAGGUGCAAAGAGAAAUCCAGACUUACCUUCAUAAUAAUAUUAAUACUAUUGUACCGUGCCUGUUGCUGUGCAAACAAUUGCAGUAUAUUGCAAUGAUAACGGUAGUGGUUGUUGUACUAGUUCACUUCAGUGGCAGGAUAUCAUAAAUGUUAAUGAUUGCUGCCUGGUUGAUGUCCUGUCUGUUGUAAA